CUACUAAUUAAUUAUGUCUUUUUAUAAAAUUUCUAGAAUGGUAUCUAGUUUCAUUCUAAAGACCCACUGUAAUUAGUACGUUCUGAGGAUAUAACACCGAGUAAACACGUGCUAUACGUGUAUUUGGUAUUCAAACUCACUCAGCUGUUUACUCACUGAAUUUCUAUAAUUAAAACUCUUCAUCGCUACGCACGCGGUACAUUACUAUGAUCGUGAUAAUACAUAGAUCGUGAAAAUAAGAGUAUUUUAAUUAGGAAAAGAAUUCUUCCUCCCUUAUGGGGGGACAAAAUUUCUUUUUUAUUUUUAUUCUUUUAUUAACGUCAGUCACCCAACCCAUUCAAAAUUUCUAUAUAUUUCUAAUUUUGCAUUUUCCCUAAUUAGAAUGUAUGAAAUGACAGUAUUAUUCCACAUGUACUAAAAUGAAAAAUAUGAAACAUGUGUACCUAACCGGAUGCUAUCAGCACGAAUACACAAGUGACAAACGAGUUUCGCCAUGUCUUUCCCGUACGCGAACCACCGAAAGGAGUGGAACUGGAGUUGAAUCGCGAAACGAGGGAGAAGCUCGACUCACCAGGAAAAAUGGACGCGAUGAAACCUGGCUGGUUCAGUGAAAUCAACGAUCUAUGGCCAGGUGUCUCGUUGUCCCUCCAAGUUAACAGGAUACUUUAUCGUGAACGGUCGCAGUACCAGGACGUGAUGGUCCUCGACACGAAAUCACAUGGAAGGGCGUUAAUUUUAGAUGGUAUCAUACAAUCCACAGAGAGGGAUGAAUUUUCGUACCAGGAGAUGAUCGCUUUCUUACCACUGUGCAGUCAUCCAGACCCAAAAACAGUUUUAAUAGUUGGGGGUGGAGAUGGAGGGGUUGCACGCGAAGCUGCAAAACAUCCUCAAGUAGAAAGGAUCGUUCAAGUAGAAAUUGACGAGAAGGUACUGGAAGUUUCAAAGUCUUACUUACCGACGAUGGGUGUAGGGUUGAUGCACCCUAAAGUCACCCUUAACGUGGGGGAUGGUUUCGAGUUUUUAAAGCAGCACAGGGGAGAGUUCGACGUUAUUAUCACGGACAGCAGUGAUCCUGUUGGUCCAGCUGAGUGUUUAUUCCAGGAAUCAUACUUUAGUUUAAUGAAGACUGCAUUGAAACCUGGUGGAAUCGUUUGCAGCCAAGCAGGAACCGCAUGGGCAAAUUUGGACCAUGUAACACAGACAUUACAGCACUGUAAAUCUGUGUUUCCGGUUGCAUCUUAUGGCAUUGUUUCCGUGCCAACUUAUCCAACAGGACAAAUCGGUUUCGUGUUGGGUGGAUUAAGCACAGAAACAAAUUUCAAGCAACCAAAGAUCAUUUUCAGUAACGAAGAAUUGGAUCAAAUGAACAUGAAAUAUUAUGAUAAUGAAGUGCAUAAGGCAGCCUUUGUUCUUCCAAGGUUCAUCGCAAAGGCAUUGAACGAAGCCGUAAAUAAACAAUAAAAUUAAGGAGACGGAAAUUUUGAGAGAAGAUGAACCAUAAAAAUUAAAAAAGAGAGAAAUAAUUAAGACUUUUUAGUGUAUGACAAUCGCAUCAUUCUAUUUAACUACCUCGAAUCUCACGAAUUGUUAAAGUACUUCAUAUUAUUUAAAAGAAUAUUUGAGUAAGUGAGAAAUAAUUGAAGAAAAAAUAGGUUUAAAGAAUAACAAUUCUCACGCAGAAAUAGAAUUACACCAUGUCAAAUGAUGUAACAACGAAAUGUUAGAAAUUCUUUAUUACCUGAAUUGUAAUUAAGGCUAAUAAUUGUAUUCGUAAAUACUCAUAAUAAUAAUAAUAAUAAUAUGAUAAUAAUAUAAUAUUACAACUUGUAACAUUCCACAAUAAUAGACAUGUAAGGCUUAAUCAAUUGUACUAAAUAUAACGAUUAAAAACAUUCUGUAUAUAAAUCUGAAUUGUCAAAAAAACAA